AUGCGAGUCAUCCAAAGCCUUAUUGUACAUGAUGCCAUUGGAAAGCCCAAAAUACUUUUAGAUCAACUAAGGGAAGGGCUUCAGACUCUGGGAUUCAGGUCCAGAAUGCAAGAAUAUCCUGAGCUUUUCAAAGAGCUAAUUGUGGCAGGAGAAAAGGAAAUGAAGGGUUCUGACAUCAAGGAAAUAUUGAUGUUUCCAUCAGAGAUGAGUGAUGCUGAAAAAACCUUCAUGGAGCACAUGACUGAGUUCAUAGUUGGUGCAACACCAGAUAUUCUAAAGGCAUUCCUCACCUUUGCUACUGGGGCACCCUGCUUACCAGAGUUUGGU